AUGAAUCCUCGAAAUGGCCAAAUUUCACGAGCAAUGAGAAAUCGUACAUUAGAAAUCCAAUUUUGUGUUGAUCAAUUGGCUUAUCAGGAAGAAUUUUGGAAUAAAAACAUUUAUGAUGCUCUUUCAAUUAUAUUUAAUCCAUGCAUUGACUUUCAAGCUAAUCUUACGAAUUCAAAGCUUAUGAAAAAAGAACUAUUAAUUUGUUGUCUACCUCCAGAACAAUUGUUGAAAUGCGCAGCUCUUUUUUAUGCAAAAAUGAAAUCAAAUUUAGGAAUUGAGUUCAAAAACAUUUUGAGUUUGUUUCUCAACGUACUGACAAAUCAAAAUAAUAAUUUAUUAUCAACAGAAUUAUCAAUUCAAUGUUUCUUUCCCUUACUGCGACCUUCUCUUAAGGGCGAUUUACUCUGUAAUAUCCUCAAUUAUUAUUGCCGUUGUUGGGCUACAAUUUUUAACAAAUCAAUUCAUUUAAACAUUCCAAUAGAAUUAUUUAUACAAAUGGCUUUUGUUUUUCCUUUCGAGCUUGUGUUAGAGCAUAAUCCGUUUAUUCUUGAUUGUCUUACUAAUAAUUUUUAUUCUCGGGAACUUCGUUUAUCAAUUACAAAAAUUUACGAUCAACUGAGAAUUUUUAUUUCAAGAAUUCUUUGUGAAAAUGACAAAGUUGUUAUUAUCGAUGAAAUUAUUCUUUCAACUUUUGAGAACUUUCAAUUUCAUUAUUGCCAAUGGAAUCAAUUACAAUUUAAUAUUACAAAUUCAACUUAUCUUGGAGAACAAUAUUUGUCUACUUUACGUGUCUCUGCUUGUUUGUGCAAGCCGUUUACUACUUAUGAUCAAAUGUGUUUGUGUUUAGAACGUUGGAAAUACGAAGAGAAUUUGCUAGUUAAUGGUUGCCAAAACAUAGAAGAAUCGUUGUUUUCAUAUUUGAGCAAUAAUGCAUUUAUUACACAUUCUGCCAAUUUAUUGUUGUGGUCUCGGAUUAAUUAUAACGAUAAUCUCCUGCUACAUGUUCGAGUUUGUGAAAUGUCUGAUGCUUUACAUCAAUUGGAACGGACUUCUGAACUUUUUUGGGAUGUUAACUUUGCAUCAAAAUGUUUGAAUAAAACAAAUAGUAGUCUUUUAUCUGAAUGUGAAAAACAUUUUUCUGUUACAUCAGCUUCUAGCCUUACCCAAAAUUUUUCAAUAAAAUCAAUUUUAUUUAAAAUAAAUUCAUUGACUCCUCCCAAAGGAUUUCUUGAUCAUAUAUUUUAUAUUCACAAGAAGAAGAAUUAUUUACAAAUUAAAAAUCAGUAUUUUGAACAUUAUUUUUGUGUUUUGAGAGAUUUUCUUCAAUUAACGGUUUGUACAAUUUCCUCCAGUCAUUCAAAAUUCUUUGCUGCUUUUUCUGAUGUAAGACAAACAACAAUUUCCAAAAUUAAUAGUUUAGAAGAAGAUUUUUGUUUUUGGACUAAAGGUCAGCGUGUUUAUCGAAUCGAAAUGCUAGAGACUGACGAGAUGACAUAUAAAAAAAAUUUUCAAGAGAAUAUUGUUUAUGAAUUAUUUAAUUGUACUACUGCUUUAAAUGAACUUUUCACUCUACAAUUCUUGGAAGAUUUAGAUAAAUUACAAACAAUAACUACUCAAAAUGAAAUUGAACGAUUUUGUUCUUUAUUAUUGAAUGCUUUCCAGACAGUUCAAGUUUUGAGGAAACGCUUAUAUUCUUUGUUUUGUUCUAAUUUUCCAACAAUUCUUCUUUUUCCUGAUAUGUUUAUUCCUUAUUUAUUUGCUCUCAACUGCCUUGUUAUUUCCUUAUCCGAACAACAUAAACGUGCAAAGGAAAGAUUAACUACUAUUUGUUGUAUUCAAAACAAAAUUAAUGUUUUUCUGUCCCCAUUUGAAGAGUCACCCACUGAGCAGACUAAUUUAAACAUUCUACUUAAUCACUUACUAUCUGACGAUGUUAAUUUUUCUCCUCGUCAAAAACUUCCCAUUAUUCUCUGGAAUAUUGAUUAUAUCAAAAUAAACUUCAAAAAUUCUUUAUUUGAAAAAUGUCAUAUAAAGUUCUUGCAAUGGCUUUUUAAACAUUGGGAAUUAUGGCAUGAAAAAUAUGCAAAAGCUAAAAAGGAGCAACUUUAUGUUGUAAAGAAGAAGGUUAACAAUGAAGAUCUAUUAGACGAUGAUGGGCAAAUUAUUAAUUCAAAUGAUGUUGAUGAAGAAGAGACACCAAUAUCCGAAGAAACUGAUUUAUCUCUUAACGGCGAUGAUAUUUAUUCAGCACUACAAACGAUGCUUUUAUCAUCUGAAAAUCCGAAGCUUCCAUUUCUCAAUUUUAUGUCCUUCUUGGCUGAUCCUAAUCAGGGCUUAUUUUAUCGCAAUUUAUCAUCAACAACAAAUGAAAAUUUUGCAUUCCAUCAUCUUUUACAACUCAACGAGCUAUGUCAAAAAUUGGGAAAACAACCUAAUGAAGGACGACGUCAAAUAAUUUCUAAAUGUCUUCCGUUAAAUGUUUAUAAGGAAUCUGAACCAAGCUCUCUUAUUCAAUGUUGUGAACUACUUGAACCACUUCGAAUGUCUGCAUCUCGUUUACUUAAGGAAUUUCCUGAAAAUAUUCAUUUGCUUCAACUUUUAUCUACCAUUGAUAUGUUUAAUGAUGCGUUAGCAGGAGUUCCGCUUAUGAAACAUGCUGCACAAUUGGAACGAAUUUUAGAGUAUGCCGAAACAUGGGAAUCAAUUUCGGAUAGAGCACACUCUAUGCGAGAGCAAAUGUAUCCUUUACAAGAGUUACUUGUAGAAUGGCGCCGUCGUGAAGUUCAAUGUUGGAACGAAUUAAUUAGUUUUGUUAAGCGAGACACAUCACAACUUGCUGUUUUGGUCAGUUGGCCACUUUUUAAAUAUGCAUUUGAGUUGGAAUGUGAUAAAAACAAAUUAUUGUUAAUGCUUACUGAAUGGCUUCAAAAUUCAACAUUGGGUGAUUUUGAAACUCGUAUUUGGACUGGUCGACUUCUUUCGCAUUUUAUUUCAUUAUUUGAACAAGAGAAUGAGAAAAUAAGCGAGGAGAAAUAUAAACUUUCUCGUUGCGUUUCAUGCAUUGUUGAUCAUUUUGAGCAGUUUAAAGAUAAAACUAAAGAACGUUAUGCACAACUUUACAGCCGAAUCGAAACUGAAUUACGAAAUUUUACUCGUGUUGUUUCUUAUAAUGAUCUGAAUUUAUGGAGUGUCCGUGAGUCAGUAAAGCGUGCGCAUGUUCAAUUAUCUAGAAUUUUACGAAAAUUUAAGGAAAUGUCCAAUGAAUCACUUUCACCUAUUUUACUUGACAAACUGCCAGGAUUACCACCUCAAGCAUUAAAUCCUUUUCCAAGUUCUCUACCAUUAUAUAAUCAACUAUGUUCAUAUUCGACUCUUUCCCAAAUGCUCAACAAUUUUGAAAUAAGAUUUGAUAAACAAUUACAAAAGUUGGUUGCAUUGGAUGAAUUGUGCAAUAUAAAGGAAUCUGCCAUUGAUUUUCUUCAAUUAGUGAUGAAUAAUGUUCCCUAUCAAAGCAUUGAUAAAACAAACGACUCUUCAAAUAAUUCUGACGUUGUUGACUCUGCAAAUGUAAAGUUACAUGGGCGGGCUUUGUUCGAACGUCAACAGCACUUUUCUCUUUUAAUUCGUUUUUUGAAUCGUUUUGGUCUCGGUUCAAGGCGUGCACAUAAAAUAGAUUCUGAGAAGCUAACUGUUGAAACACUGACACAAGUGGCACCGGAUGUCAGGAAUUUACUCUUAGCUGGCGAUACGAUGGACUUAUUGUUUCGUCAUACAAUCGCCUCGAGAAAUGUUUUUAUGCGAAAGUUUGCUUCUUGGCGUCGCUGCUCUCAAGAUACUCCUCAUUUGGCCGAACAACUUUCUCCUUCCAUCUUGGAUAAUUUACGUGGUACCACUGAAUUUGGGUUAUAUUGGAUUUUACGUGCACUUAAUGGACUUGCUACAAAUGGUGCUUUAGAGGUCAAGCGUUUACAUUCAGUUUCUAAAUGUUUUGAGACGGAGUUAGAUAAUCUAAUGAGACCGAAGGAUAAUUUAUCCACAUUUACCCAUAAACAAAUGACUGAAAAAUUUGCACAAAAUUGUGAUUAUAUUAAAAAUAUUCUUCAAAUUGUUGAUCGGAUUCGAAAGCUUCUUUCUUGUUGUCCAAAAGAACAUUACAAUCAGACUUCUCAUGAUUUGGGAAAUUUACAGGAACCUCUUGGCAUUCUUCGCCAAUCUGAUUUACAGUUUUCUCAAUUAAAUAAAAAUGUUGAUGAUUUGCUCGGUAUUAUAACAAAACUUUACAAACUCAACGAGAAUGAAAAAGAAUUUAUUUUACAUUUGCCUAUUAUUUUUGAAGAAAAGAGCAAUAUUUUAGAGGAGGAUAUUUGGAAUAAAACCCGUUUGUCCACAUAUUCUCAAAAUUUUUCUUUGUUACUCGAAGAUCUUAAAUCUAUCGUUAUGACAAAUAAUAUCCAGCACUAUUUUCCUGACGAUUCCAGACAGAUUUGCGAGAUUAUUAACAAAAUUUCUUCUUUCAACGAUUGUGAAAAUGUAAUAUCUCAAUCCACUGACAAUCAGUCACAUUUCAAUGAAAAUUCAUUUGAUGAAGUACAGCAUUUACUUUUAUUUCGUCUCCAAAACAUUUUCAAUCAAAUGGAAUCUUUGCUUAACUCCGAUAGUAUAAAUCGAUUCGAUGCGAUCAGGAGUUUGAUUGAAUAUUUUGGACAAAAUGCAUUUAAGGCAAGCAACCAGCUUAUCAGAAAUUUUCAAAUGAUUUUUCUAUCAUCUUCAAUUCAAUCCGACACAUCAAUUGAUUUACUUAACAAAUUCUCAACCUUAGCCACUGGCGUUCACAAAUUAUAUGAUCGUUUAUUGCAUUAUUUAUGUGAAUUUAUUUUCAAUUCAAUUUCUCUCCACGAACAUUGGGUUGCAAUUGGAUGUCAUUUAUUAACUAAUGGGUUUGUCAAUCCAGUUCCAAAAUCUGGACCAUCGUUACAAGGAGAUGAUAAAAGAGUAGAGAAUAUGUGUGGAUUUGGUGAUGGCGAUUUAACUAAUGAUGCUAAGGAUGUUGGUGGGGAAUUAGAAGCAAUGGAACAGAUUGAGGGACUUAAGAAUGGAACGGAAAAUAAUUUAAAUGAUAAUCAAGAUGUCGAUCAAUCAAAUGAAAACCCUUCUGAUGAACAACAGAAGUUGCCCGAAGUUGAUAAUCCUAUUGAUAUAGAUGGCGAUUUUGCUGGGUGCAUUGAGGGGUUAGAUGCGCAAGAUGGCGAAGAUGAGGAGAAUGGAGAUGAUAAUAAUUGUUGUGAAGAAGAUCCGAAUGCUGAUUGGAAUUUUGGGGAAGUGGACGAACCAGAAGAAAGACAGUUGGAUCCAAAGCUUUGGGAACGAAAUGAAGGCGACGAAAAUGAACAGGAAAUGGAAGAAGAUGAUAAUGUUGGAAACGGGGCUGAUUCGUUAACUGAAGAUCUGGUUGCUGCUCAACAACAAAAACAACAGAAAAAUGAUGAGAAUCAAGAAAAGGGAGCGAAGUCAUCAGACACUUAUCAAAGUGAGGAUGAAAAUGCCGAUGAUUAUGACGCUACUGAACCGGACGAGAAAGGAGAACGUAGAGAUGAAAAUGAGAACAAUGCUUCUGAUGCAGAACAAUCUAUUGAUAAAGAUAUUGAGGAUCAUGAGUUAACACAAGAGAAUGGCGAUACUGAAGAAAAAGAUGACAAUGAAAAAAGAAACGGUGAAGAAUAUUUAAGUGAAGAUGAAGAUAAUCAAAAACAAAAUGAAAAACAAGAAGAUAAAGAUGGAGAGGGGAAUUCAGGUGAAAUGGAAAAAGAGAAAGAUGAAGAUUCAAAUGAUGAAUAUCAAAACAAUGAAGCAUGUAAUAAUGAAUUUGAGCAAGACGCAAUUGGUGAUACUGAAGGUACUCCAAACGCUGCUCGUCCUCCUGGAAUAAUUGAUAAAGAACAAGAGGAAAAGAAUGAUGCCAGAACGCAGGGAGAAGAUAAAAAUUCAAAUGAUCAAGAUGUAGAUGGUGAACAAAAUCAGAAAGAGUCUGCUGCUAGAAACCCAACAAAAUCAGCACAACUAGAGACGGAUUCGCAGCAAAAUGAGCAAUUGAAUGAAGUUGAGCCAAGCAGGGAUAAUUGUAAUAGUGGAAAUGAAAGAGGAGGUGAUAAUUCUGUUGAUGAAGAAAUGGAAGAAAAUGCUUUUGAUGAAGUUGAACAAGAAAAGUUAUCUGUUACUGGAACCUCAACACUUGAACAAGCAAAUCGAACUCGUGCAUUAUUUGACAUUUCUUUACGACGGUUGCGUAAGGAGAUAAAAACAAAUGAAUUGGCAGAGAAUGCUUCUGACCAACAAAAUUUAAAUAAAGAAAAACAGAAUGAUGAGGCAGACGGUGAAAUUGAAAUGGAUAAUGAAGACAAUGCAUCUAUUGAAAUUAUUGAUGAUUCUUUUGCAAAGGAGGCACGAAAUGUUUUUCUUAACAUCACCGAGAGAAAAAAUUUCAAUUUUGGAGUAAAUCCAAAUGAACUCAUUUCAAUGGACAAUUUAUGUAAAGAAUUCGAUAGGCUAGAGCGAGAAACUCCUACUACAAGUAACGAGGAGGAUAUUCGACAACUUCAAUUGAAAUGGGCUCUUAUUUCUGAAAGUGUUACUUCAUUGGCUUCUGAAUUGGCUGAGUCUUUACGUUCAAUUAUUGAACCAACUGUUGCUAGCAAACUUCAAGGUGAUUAUAGAACAGGCAAAAGAUUGAAUAUGCGCAGGUUGAUAGCCUAUAUUGCUAGUGAUUAUCGAAAGGACCAGAUAUGGAUGAGAAGAACAAAAUGUGCUAAAAGGAACUAUCAAGUCUGUAUUGCUGUUGACAAUUCUCAAAGUAUGAAGCACAAUCAUUUUACUGAGAUUACUUGCAAUGCUCUGUGUCUAAUUGAACGAGCACUUAGACAACUUGAAAUUGGUCAGUUAGCAAUAUGCUCUUUUGGUUCUACUGUACACAUGCUUUCUGAUUUUUCAUCUGGCGAAGACUCUUCUCUUGGAUUACACAUUCUUCAAACAUUUAAAUUUGAUCAACAAAGGACUGAUAUUUCCCAAUUGCUAGAAUCCUCUAUAGCGCUUUUUAAAAGUGGGAGAGAAUGUUCCAUACAAAUACCCGAACAAAUGCUUAUUAUUUUGGGUGAUGGAAGAGAUGUGCUUGCUAAUGGUAUUACUGAUAUUAAAAAACAUUUGGAACAUCUAGAACAUGACAGAGUUACUGUUCUCUUUCUAAUAAUGGACACUGCUGAACAAUCUAUAACAGAAGUGCGUAUAGCCGAUUUUGCUGAUGGAGGAUGCUCUUUCAGACCUUACAUGGAAUGCUUUCCUUUUCCUCUUUACGCACUAGUGAGAAGUGCAAAUUCAUUACCAAGUACAGUUGCUGAAGCCAUUCAUCAGUGGUUUGAGUAUACAAGAAAUGAAUAA